UGCUCCUCCGAUUGAAAUUUUGAUGCAUGGAUUUUCGAGGAACAAAACAUCAUGAGUUGAAAGGGUCGUUCCUGCUUCCUGGCCAGGACGUAUAUAUAAAUCAAUCUGUAUCGAUCUGAUAAUGGCACUUAAUUAUCAUCGAGGGAUCGUUGUCUCACACAGCUCAUUAAAGCAGACUCUCCAGCAGCUCAUGAAGUAGUACUGCUAGCUGCUUCAUUUGCAGGAGCAAAGAACCAUGAAAUUCGGGAAGGAAUUCACGGCACAGAUGGUGCCCGAAUGGCAAAAAGCAUACAUGGAUUAUGGAAACCUCAAAACCUUGUUGAAAGACAUCCUACGCUUCAAGCAAAGAAACCAGCCACCGGCCUGCAGUACCCUGGCCAGCCUGAAGAGAAAGCUCACACUUUACAGAGCUUUUAGCGGCCUUACGCAAAGAUACAACAACCACCCCACGAGCCCAUCCACUCCUGAUGACAUUGACAGCCAAGCCAUUCUCGUCAACUCAGUGAACCAAGAUGGCUCCCUAAGCUAUCAGACUACGUUUCUAAUGUCCGACGACGAAGGGGGAGAGUACGAGUUGGUUUACUUCAGGAGGCUUGACGAUGAAUUCAAUAAAGUGGACAAAUUUUACAAGUCUAAGGUGGAGGAGGUGAUGAAUGAAGCCAAUCUGCUGAAUAAGCAAAUGGAUGCUUUCAUUGCUUUCAGAAUAAAAGUGGAGAAUCCUCAAGGUUGGUUUGAUAGAUCAGUAGAGAUGACUCGUCUUGCUUCAGAUGUUGCAGCUUCUGCAGCUGCAUUGUCGGCUUCAACACCGAGAGGGGUCAGAGCAAGCAGCAGAAGAGCACUUCCCAUGUCCAUGGAUGUGAUUGAAGAGGGUGGAUCGAGUAGCCAUGGACAAGCAGAUGAAUCCAGUGAUCAGGAUAAAGAUCACGACGAACUGGAGACCUUUAAAGUUGUCAACCGAAAGGUUCCAGAAAAGAAGCCGAAUAGCAUCAGGCCGUCGGCCAGUAGUAGACCAGCUCCUCUGGAAGUACUUAAUCGCGUGAAAAUAAACAACACUCUGGAGACUCCCCGUUCCACCAUUAAGAGCUUCCUCCCUUAUCCUAUGCAGACAGAGCUGAAUUUCAGCAGGGAAAAUCUGAAGAAAGUUGAAGAACUACUUAAGAGGGCUUUUGUUGAAUUUUACCAGAAGCUACGGCUUCUAAAAAGCUAUAGCUUCUUGAAUACGCUGGCAUUUUCAAAGAUCAUGAAAAAAUAUGAUAAGAUCACUUCAAGAGAUGCAUCAAAAUCUUACAUGAAAAUGGUGGAUAACUCCUUCCUCGGCAGCUCUGAUGAGGUUACCAAGUUUAUGGAAAGGACUGAAGCUACAUUCAUCAAGCAUUUCUCCAACUCUAACCGCAUUAGAGGCAUGAACAUCUUAAGACCCAAGGCAAAGAGAGAAAGACAUCGGAUAACAUUUUCCAUGGGUUUUUUGGCUGGCGGCACAGCAGCUCUGAUAUUAGCUCUUAUUUUAAUUAUACGUGCUCGUAAAAUCAUGUACAAGGAAGGGGCGACUCGUUACAUGGAUAAUAUGUUUCCCCUAUAUAGCUUGUUUGGUUUCAUAGUUCUUCACACGGUACUGUAUGCUGCAAACAUAUACUUCUGGAGACGGUACCGAGUCAACUAUUCCUUCAUAUUCGGAUUCAACCAAGGAACCGAGUUGGGCUACCGACAAGUUCUCCUCCUCAGCUUCGGUCUUGCAGUACUAGCCCUAGCGAGUGUCCUCUUAAACCUUGACAUGGAAAUGGACCCAAAAACGAAAGCUUACAAAGAAUUGACUGAACUUUUGCCUCUUGGCUUGCUUCUUCUUGUAGUUAUCAUAUUUUUCUGCCCAUUCAACGUCAUGUACCGCUCAAGUCGUUUCUUCUUCCUUACAAGUCUCUUUCACUGUAUCUGUGCUCCUUUGUACCAGGUCACACUCCCAGAUUUCUUGUUGGCAGAUCAGCUUACUAGCCAGGUGCAAGCCUUUAGAAGUUUGGAGUUCUACAUAUGCUACUACGGUUGGGGAGACUACAAGCACAGAGAAAACACCUGCAAAGACAGCGACAUAUACAAAGCUUUCUUCUACAUUGUUGCAGUGAUUCCAUACUGGUCCCGACUCCUUCAGUGCCUCCGUCGCCUAUGCCAAGAGAAAGAUGCUAUGCAAGGAUACAACGGGCUGAAAUAUUUUCUUACAAUUGUGGCCGUUUGCAUGAGAACAGCUUCCAGUCUUGACGAGAAAUCAUCGGUUUGGAAGACGCUAGCAUGGGUUUUCUCAGCCAUUGCGUCAAUUAUCAGUACAUAUUGGGACCUUGUCUUCGACUGGGGACUCCUGCAACGGCAAUCCAAGAACCGCUGGUUGAGAGACAAGCUUCUGAUCCCUCACAAAAGUGUCUAUUUUGGAGCCAUGGUGUUGAAUGUCCUCCUCAGGUUUGCCUGGUUGAGAACUGUUUUGUGUUUCGACCUGUCUUUCAUGCAUCCAGAAUCUUUAAUCACCAUUUUAGCCAGCCUAGAAAUCAUUCGUCGUGGAAUUUGGAAUUUCUUCAGGUUGGAGAAUGAGCAUUUGAACAAUGUUGGCAAGUACCGUGCAUUCAAGUCUGUUCCUCUACCCUUCAACUAUGAUGAAAACGAAGACAAGGAUGAUGAUGAGUAUGAUUUAAUUAAUUAGGACGAAUUAAGAAAAAUGAUAGUUAUA